GCAUUAAUUAAUUUUUCACCAAGAUCUUGCAGCAGCAUUGAUGAUGGUAGAGUCUGACCACUGCACAAAGCAGCUCUUCUCCAUCCAGCACAUCCCAAAGAUUCUCAAUGAGGUUAAGAUCUGGACUCUGUGGUGAACUCUCUCUCAAUCCAUGUGUGAAAAUGAUGGUGAUCUCAUGCUCCCUGAAACCUGAACUCUUUCACAAUUCCAGCAUCAAGAAUCCUGACAUUGUCAUCUUGGAAUAUGAAGAAAAAAUAAUCCAUUGGUGGAAUAACCUGGUCUAUAUUCAGUAUAUUCAGGUAGUCGCUGACCUCAUUCUUUCAGCACAUACUGUUGCUGAACCUGAACCUGCAGACCAACUGCAGCAUCAACCAACCAACCCCACAUCAUUUACUCACUUAAAUCCAGACAGGAGUGUUGAGACGGUCUAUAAUCUGCUGUGGGUCCUGAUCUGUUUAUGAAGGAGGUCAGACUGGAUUCUGCAGUCAUUUGAAUGAGAUUAAUGGUCACAGGACUGUGAUCUCCACUGUGCUCAGAUCUAUGAGGACAUCCACUGUAUACUAAUAGUCAUGCAGCACCCAAAUUUUGAGACGAGGCAUCCGCUGCAGGCUGAGGAGCAGGAGACGGGUUACGACCCUCUGCACAACUACAACCGAAACAAACCACGAGGACUUUCAGACAGCUCUGUUGAAUCUACUUUCCAGUCCUACAGUAAAGAAUGGGAUGACUUGUUCCAGAACAGUAACUACCUGGUGCGGAUCAGGCAGGCAGGCAUUAACGGCCGAUUACGGAGCAGCCGAUUCCGCAGUGUCUGCUGGAAGCUCUAUUUAGAUAUUCUUCCUGAGGAUAAAAGCCAAUGGAUCAAUAAGACCAGAGAGUUCCGAGCUCAGUAUGAGCAGAUUAAAGAGACGCACAUCACAAACCCACGCAAAGCUGCCGGUCAGCAGGACCUCGUGGUGAAUAACCCCCUGUCUCAGGAUGAGGGGAGUCUGUGGAACAAGUUCUUCCAGGAUAAAGAGCUGAGGGGUAUGAUCAAGCAGGAUGUCCUGAGAACGUUUCCAGAGAUGCGUUAUUUUCAGGAGGAGGAUGUUCGGACGAAACUGACGGAUAUUCUGUUCUGUUACGCUCGAGAAAACGAGAGACUGCUCUAUAAACAGGGAAUGCAUGAGCUGUUGGCCCCGAUAGUGUUUGUUCUCCACUGUGAUCAUCAGGCCUUCCAGCAUGCCAGUGAGACGGCCAAUCCCAGUGAGGAGAUGAAGGUCCUUCUGGAUCCGAAUUUCCAUGAACACGAUGCUUAUGCCAUGUUCUCCCAGCUCAUGGAGACAGCAGAACCCUGGUUCUCUAGUUUUGAGAGGGAGGUGCGGAAGGGUAAAGAGGAGAUGAUGACCAGUAUACCGUUCGCCAGGCCGCAGGACGCCGGCCCUUCUGUUGCCAUUGUAACCAAAGUAAACCGUAUCCAGGAUCAGCUGGUGAAGAAGCAUGAUAUCGAGCUGCACAUGCACCUCAACCGCCUGGAGAUCGCCCCCCAGAUUUACGGCAUUCGUUGGGUGCGGCUGCUGUUCGGUAGGGAGUUUCCUCUGCAGGAUCUGCUGGUGGUUUGGGAUGCUCUGUUUGCGGACAGCAUCACUCUGGAUCUGGUGGACUAUGUGUUUGUGGCCAUGCUGCUCUACAUCAGAGAUGCGCUUAUUGCCAGUAACUUCCAGACGUGUCUGGGUCUCCUGAUGCACUACCCACCUGUCGGAGACAUCCACUCUCUUCUGCACAAAGCUCUGUUCCUCAGAGAUCCAAAGAACAACCCAAGACCGGUGAACUACCAGUUCCAGCAGAACCUUGACUACUAUAAAACCCGUGGAGCCGACCUGGUCAACAGGACCCGGGCCAGCACUAAAGCUCCUCCACUCAACAUCAACAAAGUCUCCAGCUCUCUGCUCAGCUUCGGCAGGAAGCUCAUGGCUCCAAUGGGAGGCGGCUCCAGCGGCAUCUCGCCAAUCAACAGCGAGGUUCUGUCAGCUCCGCCCCCGCAGUCUCAGCCGCCUCGGGCCCUGACCGAGCACCCGCCCGGCCCGGCCUCCUCACAGAUCCAGCCGCAGCACCGCCUGCUGAAGUCCGAGAGCAUGCCUGUACACCUGAGCAAAGAUGUAGGUUCUGCUGGAGUAUCUCAGAUCUCUCUGCCCACCCAAAUACUGUCUGACCUGCAAGGCCAGACCUCCUCCAGGACUGUAAGCUCCUCCCCCAGCACUGAGAGUCUGUCUGGUGGGCGGGACCAUGCGAUGUCCUCUCCUCCUCUUCCUGUCUCCAGGGGGCGGGACUCCAACACAUCGUCUCCGCCCCUUUCCGCCACUAAGAAAGACUCGUUCUUCAACAUCAGUCGCUCGCGCUCUCACAGCAAGUCUAUGGGCAAGAAGGAUGUGGAGGAGCUGGAGGCCCAGGUUUCGUUCCUGCAGGGGCAGAUUAAUGAUCUGGAGGCGAUGAGUAAAUACUGCGCUAAGAUGAUGAACGUUCAUAUCGGUAAAAUUCAGGACGUGAUUCUGCAGGAGAAUCUGGAAAAGGAGGACGAGGUGCUGGUGUCCCUCGCUGGACUCAAACAGAUUAAGGACAUCCUGAAGGGAGCUCUGCGCUUUAACCAGAGUCAGCUGGAGGCCGAGGAGAACGAGGAGAUCACUAUAGCAGACAACCACUACUGCUCCACAGCCCAGCACAGAGCUCAGCAGGAGGGCUUCACGUCCGCUGAUGCUGCUGAUGAUGCUGAUGAUGCUCAGUCCGGCUCUCAGCUGGACCCCAGCCUCCUCUCAGAGCAGGAGACGGACCUGGAGACCAAGCUGGAGAAACCUGUACAGAGCCAGCAGGAACUCACCACAGAGUUACAGACUGUUGAAGGGAGGAACUGGGACGACUACAUCCUGGUUUCGCAGGAUGGAGAACUCCAGCCGAAUGAGGGCGACGAGCACGGAGCUCCCACCGUCGCCCCGGCCUUUAAACACAUGCGGCCUUUCAUCAAGGCGGAGUUUCAGGAUCCUCUGAUGGGAGCCACUUCCGGCUCGUCCAGUCCUGACGAGGGCAGUACUAACAGCAAGGACUCUGAUUUUACCAUCGUUAACCCCGCUGACAUAUGAGUCCCGCUGCUUCUCCAUCUCCCUCUCCCGUCUUUGACCUUCAGACCCCUCUAGAGGGCGGAUAAGCCACUCUGCUGGACUUUUGCACAUAUGAACUCUAGGCUAACUGCCUUAUGAACCUUUAUGAACCCUUAUGAACACUUAACCCUAGACCCCAUUCCAUAAUCUGAUCAAUUGACUGUUUAUAUUUGCUAUAGUAGACCUAUAUUCCAAAUCAUAUUUGGACUACACAUGUCUGUCUGAACCAAUGACUGUACAUAAGCAUGGAUGCCGUGGUUUCAUUUCAUUCCCUUCUAUUACGUCCUUCUCUUCCCCCAGAGCAAGUGUCUCAGACCUCCUUCAUUGAGUUUACAGUGUAGCUUAUAGAACUUGAGACAAUGCAGGUUUUUCCCCCAGUGUACUCAGUUUCUCCAGUGUGUGUAAUUAUAUCCAACACAGUAAAAGUGCAGUUUAUUUACAUCAAAUAACAUACCGUGUUUUUCGCACUAUAAGGCACGAACAUCUAUUUUCUGGUCCAUUUUCAUACAUAAGGCGCAUCGGAUUAUAAGGCGCAUUUUAAAAGAUACUAUAAGGAACUUUUAAUCACAGAUUUCUCUCCUGAAAACUGAUUAUUUGGGUGAGUAAAGUGAAUUUCUCCAGCACUAAACCUGCAGUUAGCGGCUAAUGCCUCCCAACAGUGCUACUUUGUGGAACCCCGAAUGCUCUGGGAAGCCUGGGCGAUAUAAGCUAGCGGUUCGUCUCACGUAGCUUGUUUUCACACAGUAAAUGUGCAGAGUACUGGCCGAUAAUACUCACCUCUAAACAGCAAAAGAGAUAGUGUGGUCCGUGGCUAAUGCUAAUGCUACUCCAGCAGUGCUAGCUGGGGUUAGUAGCAGGCUACAGGCCGAUAAUACUCACUUCUGAACGGGAAAAUAGUAUUUAGCGGCUAAUGCUACUGCAACUCCAGCCCUGGUACUGGAGAAAUAAACUCCUGAAUAAAACUGCAAUUUGGCAGAGUGGUUUUACUGUUCCUUCAUACCUGACUGGUAAAAUCUUACACAAGACACACUGUAUUAUGAGGCGCUUUUUAAGAGACACUAUAAGGAACUUCUCAUUCAGCAGGUCUCGCUUGCUGGGUGGUGGUCGUGGGGGGCAUCUAACUAAGUUAAGUAAAGCUAAGCUACGUAAAUAAAACUAUUAAAAAAUCAAACGAGUACACCGAUUUCUCUCCUGAAAACUGUUUUUAUGGGUGAGUAAAGUGCUUUAGUUUUUUUACCGUACACUUAGAUUCCCAAAUUUCUCCAGCACACUCCAGCGGCUAACCGCUCCAGUAGUGCUAGCCGGGAUUAGGAGCAGACUACAGGCCAGUAAUACGCUCCUGACAGGAAAAUAGCAUUUAGAGGCUAAUGCUAAUGCUACUCCAGCCCUGGUGCUGUAGAACUGAAACACCUUAAUAACACUGAAAUUUGGCUUUACUGCUCCUUAAUACCUGACUGGUAAAAUCAUACAUAAGAAGCACUGGAUUAUAAGACACACUGACGAUUUUUGGGGGGGAAAUUAAACUAUUUUAAGUGCCCCUUAUAUUGCGAAAAAACAGUAAGUUACAGUAACAGAGCUCCGCUCAGUUCACUUUGAUUACGUUGCUGAGACAAAACGAAGCUACUAUGCUACAAUUUAUUCCCCACAAUUUAUAUUUACAUCAGAUUACAUAAUCAGAGUUCUGGCUUGCUUACAUCUGAUUAGUUAGAUUACAUUAGACAUUUUAUACUAAAUAAGGCUGUCGCUAAUUUAUUUUGCUGCUAAGUUUAGCCCCACCUUCCUAUGAUAUAAAAAAUAAGGUAGUAAAAACUGUUAUCUGAGGAUAAAAAUUAGUAAAUAUUACAAAUAUUAGCAAUACAAAAAAAACUGUUGGAUUUGUUGGAACAAUGAAGAUCUGAAUGAACCAGACUUGUGCUCCUGUCCAUGCUUAUAUAAAGUCAUUGGUCUGUACAGCUGUAUAUUCUCAGCCAUAUUUGAUUAACUCUUAAAAUGCUCUGUACUGUAAAUUACCUCGCGCCCUAAAGUGUCCAGUCUGGACUCUACAGCUUACUCAAUGGACCUUAAUUCCCUCAAAUCCUCCAUUCACCUCUCCAUACACUAUACAUUGCGCACCUAUUACCUAAUAUAGUUAAUAACUCACAUUAUACACCCAGUGUGGGUUUAAUGGUUAGUGCUGUAAUCUUCCUCAGUGCACAGACCUUACUCGUACUCAUCCUCCUCGUCCUCUUCUCGUCCUCUCUCUGACUGUAUCUGUAUCUGAUAAGGGCAGUGAUCUACACCUUCUAAACUGCCACUGAAGAGGGAGGCCUUAACCCUCAACAUGGACUAGAUCACAGCAUUAAUAACCUCUGUCUCUCUCUAUUGUUCUUUUUCUCUCCAGCAUUGAUUGUUCAUUAUCCAGUGCCUGAAAAAAAGUUCUCCAGAUAUACUGUAUACCCCCUCCAGGUUCCUGUGUUCAUCCUUUUUUUCGUUUUUUUUUUUUUUUUUUUUUUUUUUUUCUUCUAAAGGAUUUUAACUCACAGGCUCCAGUUUAUCCUUUUUUGUUAUUUUUGUUGUUUUUUUAAUCAGUUAUAUGUAAACAAUUCUGUAUUCUGCUGGGUCUGUUGUUCCUGGUGUCCUUUAUCUGAUUUCUCAUGGUUCCCAUCAUGGUAGCUGUGUAUGAUGUUGCACACGAGGGAUGUUCUAAUAUUGGAAUGAUGAUAAUGAUAAUGAUAAUAACUUCAGAUGAAUAAAAAGGCAUUAUUGCUCUUGCCAAAGCCA